AUGGACGCUGAAGUGGUGGCAGCAAUCUGGUCUUUAUUAAAGCAUAGAAAGAAAAAAAAAGAAGAUAUUGGAUUCAUCCAAUCCAUUAUCCACGUGGAGUGGUGGUGGCGGCGAGAGCACCGCUUGACCGCCUGGUCGGGCGGUGAACGUGUGUUUGGUAUCAACGAAUUAAAUAGAGGCCAAUGCAACUUGAGAUCCGAUUCACCACCUACAGCGGCGACGAGCACUGCCGUGUGUUAA